AGAUGGCGGCGGCGGGCGCGGGGCGCGGGGCGGCGCGGGCUGGGCCCGGCCCCGCUCGGUUCCGGGGUUGCUUGGCCGGAGCGUUGCUGGGGGACUGCCUGGGUGCGGUGUUCGAAGGCAAGAGUGUGGUGAAGCUGCCUGAGCUGCUACGUUUCCUUCAAGGCCUGGAACCGGCGGCGGCGCCGCUUGAGGCGGAGGAACCGGCGGGCAGCGCCCGCAGAGAAACACUCUCGUACACAGAUGACACGGCCAUGAGCAGGUCGGUGGUGCAGUCCCUGCUGGCCAGGAGAGAGUUUGAUGAAGUUGAUAUGGCCAAGAGGUUUGCUGAGGAGUACAAGAAGGAACCCAACAGGGGUUAUGGGAUGGCUGUUGUCAACGUCUUCAAGAAGCUCCUGAGCCCCAAGUGCAACGACGUGUUUGAACCAGCAAGAGCCCAGUUCAACGGGAAAGGCUCCUACGGGAACGGCGGCGCCAUGCGGGUGGCAGGCAUCCCCCUCCUCUACUCGGAUGUGCAGGAUGUGAAGAAGUUUGCGAAGCUGAGCGCGGAGCUGACCCACGCCAACUCCCUGGGCUACAACGGGGCCAUCCUGCAGGCCCUGGCUGUGCACCUCGCCCUGCAGGGGCAGCUCAGCAGGGAGACCUUCCUGGAGCAGCUUAUUAGCCACAUGGAAGAUGUGGAGGCAGAUGAUAAGUCUCUUACUGAUGCCCGAGCGCUGGGAUUUGAGGAUUUACCAUUUUCCAGGCGUCUAAAGAAAAUAAAGGAAUUUUUGGAGCUCAGCAGUGUUCCCAAAGCAGAUGUAUUGUUUGAAUUAGGCAACGGCAUCGCCGCCCUGCGCUCCGUCCCCACCGCCAUUUACUCCUUCUUGCGCUGCAUGGAGGCUGACCCUGAGAUCCCUGACCACUACAGCAACCUGCAGAGGACCAUCAUCUACUGUAUCUCUCUGGGUGGAGACACAGACACCAUUGCUACCAUGGCAGGAGCCAUUGCAGGGGCUUAUUACGGAGAGGAGCAGAUACCCCCAAGCUGGGAGCAGAGCUGUGAAGCUUUCCAAGAGACACAGAAGCUGGCGAACAGCUUGUACGAGCUCUACAGCCAGCGGCCCUGAGCCCCCAGGGCAGAGCUUCCCCAAGGCCAGCAGGGUGGUCACGUCUGCCUUCCCCUCAGAAACAGGUGGUGGAUCCCUGCCAUCUGCAGAAGCUUCCACCUGGGAGACACCUCUGCUGGGAGCUGGAAGCAGGAGCUGUUUGUGAAGAGGGACCUGCCCUUGAGUUGCGGGUCAGCUGGGCAGUGGCUGCGUGUGGCCCCUGGGACAGAGGGUGUGUCUCCUCAGAGGUGUACGGGAGUGUCUCGUUUCCUGUAAGAUUCCUGCUGCUUGCUCUGCCCUCCCUUGUGCCAUCUGGUCCUGGCAGUUACUCGGGACGUGUCUGCAUCCUCUGACUUCCUUGCUGUUUUCCUCUGCUCCUGUGCCGUGUUGUUUCAGUUGUCAGUGGCCCGUCCUGCAGCGGUGUUGAGAGGCUCCACAUCCCUCUCAAACACCAGGUCAUACUGCUGACCAGCUGAAGGAUGUAGGUGGGAUUCAUCAGCCUGGAGGACGUCCUGUGUGGUGGCACAAGUUUCUGGUGGGGGCAAGGGGGCUGGAGGGCAGCCUGGCCUGUGAGGGACAAUUGGAUAUUGGCUUCCUUAAAGGCAGAUUGAAAAGUGCCAAAGAUUGGAGGAGGGAUUUCUUUGCAGUGCUGGUGGCAUUGUGAGAAACGCCUUUGGUGCGUGCAGACACAAUCCCAGUUGGCUCAUUGUUGCUGCUUGAAGAGGUGUAGUUCCUUACUGCUCCUUUGGUGUCCUUUGCUCUGUGCUCCACCUGGCACUGUCCUGAUCUGCAGUGUGUUGUCCACUUACAUAGCUGGCUUUCACAUGGCUGCAGCCACUCUAGCUACUCCCUUGUUCCUAAUCCAUGUAUCCUGCAUUUUUAGUGCUGUCCUGUGUACGUCCAGAGCACCGAGAUUGCUGUUUAAAUCUGUGGGUGGAGAUAAUUGUGACACUUGGUGUGACACAGGGAUUGGAUUUCUUUUCUGCUGCAGUCAGCAACAAAAAUUACUUCAGCAGGAAGCAGGAAUUACUUCUCACAGUUCUAAAACUCUGUAAUUUAUAGGAAUCAUCUGAGAAUAAAGGGAAAGUAAGUUAAUGGGGAGAAUUCAUCAAAGCUUAAAAGAAUUUGUGUAUUUAAAGCUGGUGGCCAAGAACAUCCUAGCAAAGCUGUGUUUUUCACAUUUAAAACCUUUGCCUAGCAGAGCUCGUCAGAAAGGGUGUAACAGCUUGGGUAUGGCAUGUCUGAAAAGCUUUCUAAUAACUGAAAACAAAAAGAAAGAGGCAAGCAGUCAUCAUACGGAAAUGCUUAUAAAUGUCAAUGUGACAAUUCUCUGUGAUUUCUCCAGUAUUUCUGGUGGCACUGGGAAGUGGCCGUGCUGCUCAGACGAGCUCCCUGCCUGUUGGUGUCACGGUGGCUGUGUCCAGCUGUGUGCACAUGUGGAAACUGUGGCUGCCAGGGGUUGUUCCAGCUUUUCCUGUAGUCUGCUUCCUUCAAGUGCCAGUCUGCUGUGUGAUGCUGUAAUGGGUUUUCCUUGUGUAAAUGAAUUCUUGUCCUGAGAACAUGUGGAUUUUUGGCCUGCUGUAUAUUUAUGUCUUGUGCUGCAGACAUGAGAUGUAAAAUGUCAGGUUUUUCACGUUAUUCUGCCAGAGUGUGAAUGUACUCACGGAAUUAUUUAAAAGAAGAUCUCUUCCUUUUAAAGCAGCUUUGUAACUUUCAGUGCUUGGAACUCAGGAAAAGCAGAAGAGCUCUUGUUUAAAAAAAGUACAGCUGAUUUUAGGCCAGAAUUUAAUUGUGAACUAAAACAUUUAGCUCUGACUUUUCAGGAGGAACAUAAAAUCACUUAGUUAUGUUUGUUAAUUAGCUUAA